AUGGUCCAUACUUCAACUGCUGUUGUUUUCGGUGCCCUCGCUCUCAAUGCCGCGUCCGCACUCGCGACUCCCUUGAACAUCGAAUCCAACGAGCCCCUCGAAACUCGUGCGACAAAGGCAGGGAAAUCAACCCUCAGCAGGGUCGGCUCAGGCCUCGGUACUGCAGCUGCCUUCGCCCCGAUAGCUGGGCUUGGUCUUAGCCUGGCCACCGGCCAACCAUUACGACGCGAUGCCGAGGGCGAUGACCACAUCGAGGCUCGUGAUGCCGAAGACGAAGACCACCUCGAAGCCCGUGCCGCGAAAUCGGGUCUUCGCAGAGUUGGCAGUGCCCUAGGUACUGCAGCUGGAUUCGCUCCACUUGCCGCCCUUGGACUGGGUAUGGCCACUGGUCAGCCAGUACGCCGCGAUGUCGAGGAAGCACUAUACGCUCGUAACGUUGAAGAUAACGAGCACCUCGAAGCACGCGGGAAGAAGUCCAAGUCCGGCGGCAAGAAAUCGACCCUCAGCAGAGUAGGCAGUGGCUUAGGAAAGGCCGCUGCAUUCGCCCCACUUGCCGCCCUCGGUCUCAGCCUGUUCGGUGGUCAGCCAGUACGGCGCGAUCUGCUUGAAGAAUUACUGGCACGCGACGUCGACGACGACGACCACCUCGAAGCUCGUGCCGUAAAAUCAGGGCUUCGCAGGGUAGGCAGUGGCCUUGGGACUGCGGCCGCCUUUGCUCCUCUCGCCGCUCUAGGCCUUGGUAUGGCUACCGGUCAGCCCGUACGACGCGACCUCGGUGAAGAAUUCUGGGCUCGUGAUGUCGAGGAUGCGUACCUCGAAGCUCGUGCCGUAAAAUCAGGGCUUCGCAGAGUAGGCAGUGGCCUUGGGACUGCGGCCGCUUUUGCUCCUCUCGCCGCUCUAGGCCUUGGCAUGGCUACUGGUCAGCCCGUGCGACGCGAACUCGUCGAAGAAUUGUUGGCCCGUGACACCGACGAUGAUGACCAUCUACAAGCCCGUGCCACAAAAUCGGGUCUUCGUAGAGUUGGUAGCGCCCUCGGUACAGCUGCGGCUUUUGCUCCUCUUGCCGCCCUUGGUCUGGGUAUGGCUACGGGCCAACCAGUGCGACGUGAUCUCUCGGCGGAACUCAUGGAUAUCUUCCAUCGGGAGAUCUCUGAAUCGUUGGAAGAUUUAGAUUAA